CCAUGACCUCUUGCUCUCUUACACAGAGAUUAGAUCUGCAGUGCUGAGUGUUUCAGAGACAGACUGUUGGGCCACACUUUCUCCAGACUGAUGUUAGAAACCUGGUGAUGGCGAUGGUUAGAGUUCAGAGGGGUUCAACACAUCAUCGUGCCGGACACACCCACAACGUUGGGAUCUAUAAAGUGAUGUGCUGUUCUCUUUUCUUCACAAUUUAUGACCAGAGACAAAUGACCAGAAACAGCAUGUCAUCCAUUAGCAAGCAGCUGUCCUACAUCGGCUGCGCGGGCAGGAAGUCGGCUUCCUCCUCCACUGAGAUCAGAAUGGUUUUGCUGGGAAAAACUGGCAGUGGAAAAAGCUCCACCGCCAACUCUAUCUUGGCCCGUAAAGUCUUUGAGGCAAAGGUUAGAAGCUCCUCCGUCACCCAACGUUGUCGCACCGUCUUUGGAGAAAUUCGUGGGCGACACCUGACAAUCCUGGACACUCCGGGGCUCCUGGACACUCAACAGACUCAACAAGAGGUGCAGAAGGAGUUGAGGAGGAGUGUUAAUCUCAUGUACCCUGGACCCCAUGUGUUCCUUCUUGUUAUUCAGAUUGGGAGGUUCACUCAGGAGGAGAAGGAGGUGGUGCGGCAGAUCAAACAGGCAAUGGGUUCCCAUACUUUGAGCUUCUCUGUGGUGGUUUUUACUCAUGGAGACCUUCUGGAAGAAGGGACAUCCGUUAAGGAGUGUCUGAUAGACGGGUGCACGGACCUUGCUGAGCUGGUGGCUGCAUGUGGGGGCAGGUACUGCGUCUUCAACAACCAGAGCUCCAAGAACAAGGAGCAGGUGUCUGAGCUGCUUGCCUUAGUGGAUAGCAUAAUGCAAGGAAAUGGAGGAGCGUGCUACUGCAGCAAAAUGCUCCAGAAAGCAGAGGAGGAGCUGGCUCAAGAGCUGCAGGAGGAGAGGAGGCUGCUGAACGAGAAGGAAGAGCUGUUAAAAAGGAAGCAGGAGGCGGCAUUAAAAGAGUUGUUUGAAAGAGAGUUAGAUGUGGUUCAGCAAAAAAACAAGAAGGAGAUGAAGGAGCUAAAGAAACAACAGGAUCUGGAGAAGAAGAAGGAGCUGAAACUGGCACAAGAUCGGGAAGAGGCCUUUAGACAAAAGAUGGAGGAGUAUGACAAGAGGGAGAAGGAAAGGAAGAUACAACAGAUGGUGAAAGAGAUGGAGAUACGUAGAGAGGAGGAGGAGAAGAGGGCCGCUCUUCAAGAAAAGCUUGACAAAGUUUCUAAAAUGCUGGAGGAGCAGUGCGAGCAGGAGAAGAAAAUGAGAAGAGCAAUGGAGGAGAAUAUCCAGAAGGAAAGAGUGGAAAAGGAAAAGAAGGAGAGAGAGAAGGAUUUACAGCAAAUACAGAAAGAACAGGCCAUCAGGCAGAGGGAGGAGAUGAAGAGAGACGCUUUGCAGAAAGAGCUGGAAACACUCACCCGCAGCUUGGAGGAGCAGAGAAGCAAGGAGGAGGACAGGAGAAAGCAAAUGGAGGACCUGCUCCGACGCGAGAGGGAGGAGAACCAGAGAGAAAGAGACAUCCUGAUGGAGAACCAGAGAGCGGAGAAAAGGAGAACAGCGGCUCUCCAGCAGGAUCUUAAACUCAUCAGAAUGAAAGUUGAGCAACACAAAGGAAGUGAGGAAAAUCUCAAGAGACAGCUGGAGGAGAACCGGAGGAGGGAGAGGGAGAAGUAUGACAAAGACAUGUCUAAGUUGAAAAAGCAGUGUGACCAGAAGUGCUCAGAGCUGAGCAACGAGAAUAAGUCUGCAGAGAAUCACAGCAGACUGACGACUGUGACAGGAUAUGUGCAAGAAAUGGGACUGAUGGGUGUGAACGCGGUUUUAGAGAAUGUUGGAACUCCCUGCUGUAUACAGUAAAACAGGAAGAUUUAUACAGUAGAUUUAUUAUUUUACAGGACAAAUACAUUCAUUAUUAAUGCCUUUUUUCAUGCAUUGUGUAACUGUGACCUUUCUUCUACAGAUCACAGUUGUAUACAGGAAUGUUAUGGUAUAACAUGUUGUGACUUUUGAAUUCUAUUAUAAUUAGAUGCAACCAUUGACUCGCAGAAAGGAGAAGAAAGGAAUGUAAUGUGAAAGCCAUUUCAUUUCAACAAAAUGGAUUUAAUUCCAGUGUGUCCUAAAUCAGCAAAUGCGCAAAAAUAGUUCAAACUCUCAAAAAUGAUGGAGAUAAUCUGAUUAUCAAAUCCCCGCCCUCUGCUUUUUGGACUGUCUGUCUCUGUCUCCAUCAUCUAAAUCUGUAUUCAAACAAACCC